AUGACAAGUGAUCCAAAUCUUUCAGGAUCUUACUUGCUCUCAAACAGAAAUUCUAAAACAGAUGACACCUACUUGAAGGAACUGAAUGAAGACUUAAAGCUAAGGAAGCAGGAACUGCUAGAGAUGCUAAAACCCCUAGAAGAUAAGAACAACCUUUUACUCCAGAAAUUAUUGUCUAACUUGGAGGAAAAACAAAGAAGUCUGCAGAUCAUGAGGCAGAUCAUGACAGGGAAGGGAUGCGAUGAAUCCUCAGUCAUGGAGCUCAUUAAGGAGGCAGAGGAGAUGAAACAGAACCUGGAAAAGCAACAGAGGAAGAUGGAAUGGGUCAGGUACCAGGAACAAGCCAACAUCUUUCAGAAUGACUUUCAUGGCAAAGUGAUUGAGCUGAGAAUCGAAGCCUUGAAGAACUACCAGAAGGCCAAUGACCUGAAAUUAUCACUGUACUUACAGCAGAAUUUUGAGCCAAAGCAAGCAUUUUUAAAUCUUCCGAGGUCCCAAGAGGCUCUUUAUUCUGAGGUCACUGCCAGAAGAAGCUCUGAAGGAUUAGAAAGCUCUCAUUCAAUUUGCUUUGGACUGAUUUAA